AUGCCGAUCAACCCGAAACCUUACCUCAACAUGUGUACCGGUAAGACUGUUUUAGUUAAAUUGAAGUGGGGCCAUGAAUACAAGGGACUGUUUGUUGCUACGGAUCCAUACUUGAACUUGCAAGUAGCUAAGACGGGUGUUUUGGAUGAAGUGCUUAUUCGGUGUAAUAGCGUUUUGUACGUUAGAUGUCUGGAGGAAGAUGACGAAGAAGGAGAAAUGAGAGACUAA